UUAUUCUUCUCUCUAAUUGGUUGAAAUCACAGGAUAAUCUGAGUUUCUCUAGAAUUAUCACAUACCAAUACGAAUCUUUCGAGGACACCGAGAAGCUAAUUAUACUGGUUUCCUAAUUUUUCGAACUAUUUUGGUUUUGAACGGAAUGCUGCAGAAACAGCUGAACAAGAUGUCAGCGCCCAUGUUUCAUAACAGGAACAUUGCAUAGUUAUCUUUUUCUGCUAAUUUAUAAGUACAAAUUUAUGUAAAGGUGAUUGGAAGAUAAUUUUUCAAUGGCUGAUGAUGAUGGUAAAUAUAAGAAAUCAUGUGACAGAUUACGACAUGAACUAAGAGAUUGUCUCGUAUACAGUGACUGUGUACAAAAGGAUAAAAAGACACCCAGGGAAUGUUUAAAAUUAGGAACACACAAUCCUACAGUGCCAAUGGAAUGUCAUGAACUUAGAUACAGAUUUUUUCAAUGUAAAAGAUCAAUAAUUGACAUGAGGGCAAGAUUCCGAGGUAUUAAAGAUUAGCACAAUCAUGGAAUAUUUUUAAAUCUAAGUGUGACUGUGUAUGGCAGUGGAUAAGGAUAUUAUAGUUGUGUUUUCUGUGAUUUUGUAUUAAUGAAUACAUAAAUAUGUAUAAAUAAAAAAGUAUAUAUGAUAGUGAA